AUGAUGAUAAUAAUCAUCAAUAAUGUAAUAUUGCUUUUUAAAUUCAAAAGAAUCCACCAUGCUACAUACCCCACAAUCUCCAACCCUUAUAUAAAGGUUUCUCAGCUUACUCCUCAUUCUCACACCCAAGUUUCUUGUUCCCUCACUUCUCUCCCUCUUGUCCCCUUCACUUUGUACUUGGAUGAGUGUUUUCUUUGAGGAGAAAAAAGGCACCCGAUAUUUCAUUAAUACUGUUCCUCUUUAUUAUAUACUACUGUCUCACACCACACAGAAACAAGAAAGAGAAAAAACCAAAUGUCUAAGAUGGUUGCGGAGGAGAAACCCCAAAAGACAUACCCGACAACUGCCGAGGUAGUGGAUGAGUUAAAGAGAAUGGUGGACAUAGGAGUUCCAAUAGCAGCAAUGAGCCUUGUGGGAUACAUCAAAAACAUGGUAUUAGUUGUGUGCAUGGGAAGGUUGGGAAGCCUUGAGUUAGCUGGUGGUGCUUUGGCCAUAGGCUUCACCAACAUAACUGGUUUCUCUGUCCUCUCAGGUUUAGCCAUGGGAAUGGAACCUCUUUGCACGCAAGCCUUUGGUUCAAGAAACUUGUGUUUGGUCUCUCUAACUUUACAAAGGACAAUUUUCAUGUUACUGGCGGCUUCACUGCCCAUUUGUUUCCUGUGGCUGAAGCUGGAGCCUCUGAUGCUAUGGCUUCAGCAGAACCCUGAGAUAACCAAAGUCGCAAGCAUCUAUUGCCGCUUCUCCAUCCCAGACCUCAUUGCCAACAGCUUCCUUCACCCAAUUCGAAUCUAUUUACGUAGCAAAGGGACAACAUGGCCUCUACUGUGGUGCACUUUGCUGUCCAUUCUCAUACACAUCCCUGUCGUGACUUUUUUCACCUUCAAACUCCACCUUGGUGUACCCGGGAUUGCUAUGUCAGCUUUUGUUGCCAACUUCAACACCCUUUUCUUCCUCCUAUCAUACAUGCUCUACAUGCGCGUCUCAAAGGGGUCACUUUCCAUGCCUUUAUUAAUAUCUCGUCCCUUGUCAUCACGACAACAAGACCAAAACUUAACCAGUCUUAUCAGUAGUUCCACAACAGUAACAACAACAACAACCUCGUUAGGCAAAGAGUGGGGCACACUGAUAAGGUUUUCAAUUCAGAGUUGCUUAGGAGUGUGCUUGGAAUGGUGGUGGUACGAGUUCAUGACAAUUCUAGCAGGCUACCUUUACAAUCCGCGAGUAGCCUUAGCCACCGCUGGCAUAGUAAUUCAAACCACGUCUCUUAUGUACACUUUACCAACAGCACUGAGUGCUUCAGUGUCAACAAGAGUGGGGAAUGAACUCGGGGCGGGUCAACCCGAGAGGGCAAGGUUGUCAACAAUUGUGGCAGUAGGAAUGGCUCUUGCAAGUUCGAUAUUGGGUUUGUUAUGGACCACAUUAGGGAGAGAGAGAUGGGGGAGGGUUUUCACCAGUGAUAGUGAGGUGUUGGAACUUACCAUGAGUGUUUUACCCAUAAUUGGGAUUUGUGAGUUAGCAAACUGUCCUCAAACCACAAGCUGUGGAAUCCUUAGGGGAAGUGCUAGGCCUGGUGUUGGGGCAGGGAUAAAUUUCUAUUCAUUUUACUUGGUGGGGGCACCAGUGGCUAUAGUGAUGGCAUUUUUUUGGAGACUAGGGUUGGUGGGUCUUUGCUAUGGGCUGUUGGCAGCACAGAUAGCAUGUGUGGUCUCUAUUCUAGUUGUGGUAUACAACACAGAUUGGGAAAGGGAGUCCUUGAAGGCAAAAAGCUUGGUGGGAAAGACUUCAUGUGACACAACGGAACAUGGAGACCAAACACUAGUCAAAUGUGAAGAAGGUCUUGUCUUUCUCAAUGAGAAGAACAGAUCCCUAAAGUGAUGCUUCUUGCUACACCCAAUUGCAUCAGGGGAAUAUACAAGCCAGAAUCAUGACACCAGUGGAAGGACCAAAUGUUAAGAAUCUUGACUACACUCGAUUACUUCUUUUUAUUGUGAUUAUGCUUUUGUAUAUGUUUUUGCAUAACCAAUAUAUUUUCUUCUACUUUCCCCCCCU